AUGGGUGGUCAUCAAGGAAAAGGCCUGAUCGGGCAAAGGGCAAGUCUACUUCUAUUGUCGGCCAUUCUCUCGGUGUCGACUGCUAUCCUUCCACAAGCGUCUGCAGAUGAUACUUCGGUUUCCCAUGAACAGACUCGCAAUCAGAAAGAUGAUGUCGACACAACUUCAAGUACCGCUUCUCACGUUCGGACUAUGAAGUCUAAAUCAAGACUUCCGGUUUGGGCAUACAAUCCACCUCCAGCGGGCCUCGAUCAUAAUCUUCACCAAGACAUAUUUGCGCAGGUACUGAGACUAGAACACACGCCACCUCCAGUGAAUGAUCCGUCUGAACUUGCAAAUGAGAUCUCCAAUGACGAUGAGGAUGACUACGACGACGACGACGACAACGACGAUGACGACCAACACAAUCCACACAUGACUGAUCCCAAUCAUCAGCCCGUUCCCACCAAAUGGCUCAUGCUUGGAUAUUCUAGGGUAGUUGACAUACCCACCUCGCCUACCUCGGUGACCAUGGGUUCCGCAGGCCAAGGGCAUUGCUGGUCCAGCUCUCCGCCAGCCGCGCUAUUGGACUCUGCAGUCAAGACCACGGGAGCGCCUUGCGAUACACUCCGAACAAGCCAGACGGACUGGAUGCAGAAGCCGUCAGCUCAAGUCCUUGGGGAUUUAAUCAUCUUCCUAACAUUUGUGAUUAUCACGCAGAGCGUCAUACAUCUGUGGCGAGGGUACUGCCGAGUAAGAGCGGCAAUAGCUGGAAGAGGCGAAUUGACUCUAGAGGGCGACGAGAAGCAGUUCCGUGCAUGUAACGAAGACAUCGAAUCAAGAUCUGAAAGUCGUCUGCUCAAUUAA